AUGCCUUCGUCCUCCUCUCAGAAGAAGCUUCGCAUAGCGUUCGUACAUCCCGACCUAGGAAUCGGCGGUGCCGAGCGGCUGGUUGUUGACGCUGCGCUCGGUCUACAGAAUCUCGGGCAUCACGUCGAGAUAUUCACAUCGCAUCAUGACCCAGCGCACUGUUUCGACGAAACGCGAGAUGGAACUUUGAAAGUCCACGCCAUACAUCCGCCUCUCCCUCGUGCAAUCGCGGGAAAACUACAUAUUCUGCUCGCCCACCUUGCACAGCUACAUCUCACGACUUACCUACUACGGGGGAACUUCGACGUGUUCUUCGUCGACCAACUGUCGACAUGCGUCCCGUUCUUGCGAUCUAUUGGGCGGACACCUGUGGUCUUCUACUGCCACUUUCCGGAUAAACUCCUCGCGCACGGCGCGUUCGUCGACGGACCAGCAGGAACCGCGCAGAUGCGGAAGAAGGGGAACCUGCUGAAACGCGCGUAUCGAGUUCCGAUGGACUGGUUGGAAGAGAUAACGACUUCCGCCGCCGACGUCAUACUCGCGAAUUCUCGGUUCACGGCUCGGGUGUUCAAGGCGUACUUUCCUAGUAUCAAGACGGAGCCGACGGUGGUAUAUCCCGGUGUCAACCUUGCGACAUAUGCGCCAUUGUCAGCUGUGGCAAUGCAGGAUGCAGACGUGCAGGAUGUUCAAUCUGAGCGGCCGACGUUUUUAUCAAUCAACCGCUUCGAGUCGAAGAAGAAUGUAGCGCUCGCUCUAGCCGCCUUCGCCGUUCUCCGAGCCCGGCGGCCCUCCGACACCUCGGACUACCGCCUCGUCUUAGCUGGCGGUUACGACCCGCGCGUAGGAGAGAACAUUCGCACGUUAGCUGCCCUUACAUCUCAAGCAACGACACUCUCGCUAUCAUACAUUAUCACCAAGCCUACUUCGUCGCCUGUCGAACUCCCUUCCUUCCCAGCACCAGAGGGCGGGAAACAGCCGGACGUGGUGUUCUUAUUGAACUUCAGCACCGCGCAACGUGCAGCUCUGCUUAACGCGUCAAGUACGGUGGCUCUGCUCUAUACGCCAACGAAUGAACACUUCGGCAUCGGUCCGGUGGAAGGCAUGGCGUGCGGCCUGCCAGUUAUUGCUACAAACACCGGCGGGCCGACAGAAUCCGUAGUAGCGUCUCCGACGUCAGAGCGCACAGGUUGGCUACGUGCGGCAGAGCCGGGCGAGUGGGCGGAAGCGCUGGAGGAAUGCGUCGACCUGAGUGUAGAGGAGAGAGCUGGCUUUGCGAAGAGGGGAAGGGCGAGGGCGAAGGAGCUGUUUGGGAUGGACGCAAUGGCUGUCAGCCUUGAGACGGCAGUACAGGAUGCAGCAGCGCGAGGGCCGUUGGAGCGGUCGUGGGAACUUUUCGCGUGGAUGCUUGUACCGUUCGUGGCGUUGAUGGGCAUCAUGUACGAGGUGUUCCAAUUCUACUUGUUGACUUACUUAUAA